GUUGCAGGGUAUCUGAGAAGCAGAUAUGCCCUUUUAAAAAGUUUGAGGAGACUCUCAGGAGAAGCCACUUCGGACUUUUACGCAUCGAGCGUCCAUGGAUGGAAAGGGGACCGAGAAGGCACCGACAGGAGCCAACAUGAGCAAUAGAUCCUUCCCUAUCUCUGACCCGAUAUGUCAAACGGAGGACGCUCCUUUCGCCAUGGAUGUCAUCCGCAGGUUUGGUGUCUUUGACUACAUCCUGUAUGGCAUCUUGACCUUCAUGGCAACAGUUUCUUUGCUGGUCUUCUUAGAGGAAUGUAUCUACAUCUAUAGGAAAGUACCUGCCAAUAAGAAGAGUCUCAUCAUCUGGGUGAAUGGAGCAGCACCGGCGAUUGGCACCAUGUCAUGUCUGGGGAUGUGGUUCCCCAGAGCUACCCUGUUUACUGAUAUGUUCUCUGGCUGUUACUUUGCCAUCGUGGUGUUCAAGUUCCUGAUCCUGAUGGUGGAAGAGUUGGGUGGCGACGAGGCGUUUCUGAAGCGUGGAGGAAAAUAUAAACUGAAGAUCAGCACGGGGCCUUGUUGCUGUUGCUGCUGUUGCCUGCCAGAGGUGGCCAUCACACGACGCUCUCUCUUCCUGCUCAAACUUGGCUCCAUCCAGUUUGCCGUCCUGAAGACUGCCUUCACCAUCUUUUCCAUUGUUCUCUACACCAACGACAACUACCAUGUGAAGGAUGCAAGUGCUACAGGAGAUGCAAUAUGGAUCAACUGUUUUGUAGGCGUCUUGACAAUCACAGGUUUGUGGCCUGUUGGCAUCACGUUUAUACACCUGAAGAACACCCUGCGAACAAUAAAGAUCGUCCCGAAAUACGCCAUGUAUCAGCUGCUCCUGAUUCUUACCCAGCUGCAGACAGCUAUUAUCAACAUCUUGGGCAUGAAUGGCAUCAUCGCCUGCUCUCCACCUUUCCCCUCAUCUAUCAGAGGAUACAUGAUGAGCCAGCAGCUGCUGAUCAUGGAGAUGUUCAUCAUGACGAUGGUGACACGGCUGCUCUAUAGACGACAGUACGAUCCUUUACCUGAAGAGCAGGAUGCCAAUGAAAACACCAGGAUGACUGACUUAACACAGUCUCCAUGAGAGCUAAAUUGUGUUAAUGUGUGUGUGUGUGUGUGUGUGUGUGUGUGUGUGUGUGUGUGUGUGUGUGUGUUUGAUUCAUAUUUUCUUUCUAGUAUUUGAUUAAGACAUUGCAUAUAUUCAAAAUAACAAAUAUGAAUUAUAUGUAAAUGGGUCGUGUAGCUACUCACUAAGGUUACCGGGCUGCGAGUCCGCUACAAAGUGUUGAUUGACAGGAUACUCAGGUCAUGUACAGGCAUGUGAAAUUAAUAAGAACAUCCCGUGGAAAUGGACUGACUCUCUUUGAAAACCUGCAUUUUUUUUUCAUACACAGUAAGUGGGACUAAAAAACAAAACAGUUGAAAGAACAUUUUGCAGAGUAUCUGGUUAUCUGGCAACAGAGCAGCAAAAUUACUGCAAAUAAAAAGAGCAUCUUAGAGAGGCAGAGUUUCUCAGAAGUAAAAAAUUGGCAGAGGUUCACCAAUCUGCAAAAAAAUCAAAAAUCAGAAUGAUGUUCCUCAAUGUAAAAUUGCAAAGACUUUGACUAUCUCAGCAUCUACGGUGCCUGAUGUCAUCCAACGAUUCAGAGAACCUGGAGAAAUCUCCGUGCACAAGUGACAAGACCAAAAAUCGAUAUGGAUGCAUGCGAUAUUCAGGUUGUAAAACGACACUGCAUUAAAAACAGGUGUCAUUCUAUCAUGGAAAUAUCUGCACAGGCUCAGGAACACUUCCAGAAAUCACUGUCUGUGAAUACAGUUCACUGUACUGUACACAAAAACAGGUACAGGCAAUAGCUUGAAGAGUUCAAAUACAGCUUUACUAAAGACUCCGACAUUGGACUUGUUUUGUCCUAGAGCUCUUAGUGCUACAUUUGACACCACAUUCUCACAUUUUCGAGGUCAUUUUUUGUGUAAUAACACUUGUAUACACCCUUUCCCCCCCCCAGAAGAACCCUUUAGUUUUCCUCCAAAACAUAAUCUGCAUUGAGACACAGAACCACAUCUGACUGCCAGAAAACAUGUUCUUAAUUAAGUGGUAUCGGGGGGGUUGUUUUAGGAGAUGUUUUAUUUUACAAAUAUGGGAUUUCCCCAUAAUUUACCAGAGAUGUUGCUGAAAGAAAUAUGUAGGCUAAUUUGAUACCAUUUAAGUAAUGGCUUGUAAAGUACACAAGUGAAAGAAAGCCUUUGUCUGUGGAGAUUUCAAUGCAUGAUUUCCUUACGCUUGCGAAACAGAUAAAGGAAAAAAGCUGGAACAGCAUCAUAAAUCCUCACUGAUGGAUGCUGGUUCUCAUCUACUUGAGGUCAUUGCAAUGGUGCUCAGUUACAAGAAGACAACACUACAGAAAAAUAAAGCAAAGCAAAUGUUUUAAAAAAUCACCAAAGUUCAGAUGAGUGAAGUAUCAAGUACUGUGCAAAAGUCUUGAGUUAGCCUCACUAACUCAAGACAUGAAGCAAUAUUCGAUCUACACAUAACAAACUUAAAAAGAGGCUUUUGUUACUAGCAGACAGUUCCCAAAACAUAUCAUUUGUUUGCAUUUCUUUAGGUGAUUCGAUAAAAAAUGUUAAACUUAAAGUGUGACAGGCAUAAAACGGUAUUUUCUUCCUCCACUUGUCUAGUUUUCUCUAUUUUUAGGGCACACUGCCCAUAGAUACGCCAAGUCUUCGACUAUGUACAGCAAAUGAACAGUAUUUAAAAGACGUGUUCUUAAGAAACAGGAAGAAAAAAAUCAAAGACCUGACACGUGCAUCUUCUGAGCCAUCUGCUGUUGACAGAAAUGGUCUCAGUGGAUGUUUGGCUCUGAAAAAGCUGUACUUAAAUAUUUCAGAUUAUCAAAAAUGGACUUAAAAUUAGUGAUGGCAGGUUUUAUGACAGUAAAUAAAUGUAAUAUUUUUUUCUUGAAUCGUCGUCAAUAAAUGUGGAAGAAGUCUGGCGAGAUGGUCAA